AUGUCUCUUCGUCUUCCUCAAGCCCCAAACGCGGGUCUUUUCAAGCAAGGUUACACAUCUCAAAGUAAUGCCGAUGGUGCUGUCAAUAGAAACAUCGCUGCGUGCAGAGAAAUCACAAAUAUGGUUUUGUCUUCAAUAGGGCCAUGUGAUUUACAAAAAGUUUUCAUUACAAAUGAUGCUGCUACAAUGUUACAUGAAUUAGAUGUUGUACAUCCAGCUGUCAAAUUAUUAGUCAUGGCUUCUGAACAACAAGAAUUAGAAAUGGGUGAUGGUACAAAUUUAGUCUUAGUAUUAGCUGGUGAAUUUUUAAAUGUUUCAGAAAAAUUAUUAACUUUAGGUUUAAAUCCAACUGAAAUCAUUCAAGGUUAUCAAUUAGCAAGUAAAUUUGCCUUACAAACAAUUGAAGAAUUAUCUGUUGGUGAAAUUGAUGAUUUAUUAUCUGUUGAAAAUUUGAAAAAAGUUAUUAAACCAGUGAUAGCAUCAAAACAAUAUGGUUCAGAAGAUUUCAUUUCUGAUCUUGUUAGUGAAGCUGUUUUAAAUGUUUUACCACCAAAAAAUACAAAACAAUUCAACGUGGAUAGUGUUAGAGUUGUUAAAAUUAUGGGUAGUAGUUUAGAAAAUUCUCAAGUUAUUAAAGGUAUGGUUUUCCCAAAUCAACCAGAAGGUCAUAUUAAAAAUUUAAAAACAAGAUCAAAAGUUGUUGUUUUCACUUCACCAUUUGAUAUUUCUCAAACUGAAACAAAAGGUACUGUUUUAUUACAUAAUGCACAAGAAAUGUUAGAUUUUUCCAAAGGUGAAGAAGCUCAAUUAGAUCAAUUAGUUAAAGAAAUUUAUGAUUCAGGUGUUAGAGUUGUUAUUGCUGGUUCAGGUGUUGGUGAAUUAGCUCAACAUUAUUUGGAUCGUUAUGGAAUUUUGACAUUAAAAGUUUCAAGUAAAUUUGAUUUAAGAAGAAUAUGUAGAGUUUGUGGUGCAACUCCAUUACCAAGAUUAGGUGCUCCAAUGCCAGAAGAAAUGGGUGAUAUUGAUAUUAUUGAAACAAAAGAAAUUGGUGGUGAUAGAGUUACAAUUUUCAGACAAGAAGAUGAUAUUACAAGAACUUCAACAAUUGUUAUUAGAGGUGCUACAAAAAACAGUUUAGAUGAUAUUGAAAGAGCUAUUGAUGAUGGUGUUGCUGCUAUUAAAGGUUUAACUCAAGAUGGUAGAUUAUUACCAGGUGCAGGUGCUGUUGAAGCUGAAUUAGUACAUCGUAUCACUCAAUAUGGUGAAAGAACACCAGGUUUAUUACAAUUAGCUAUAAAACAAUAUGCUAAUGCAUUUGAAGUUAUUCCAAGAACUUUAGCUGAAACUUCAGGUCUUGAUCCAACAGAAGUUUUACCAAGAUUAUAUUCAAAACAUAGUACUCCAGAAGGUUUAUCAUUUGGUAUUGAUAUCGAUGGUGAUUCUUCAAAUGGUGUUAAAGAUAUUAAUGAUGAAGGUAUUUAUGAUUUAUUCUCUGCUAAAAAAUUCGCAAUUGCUGCUGCUACAGAAGCUGCUACAACUGUUUUAUCUGUUGAUCAAAUUAUUAUGGCUAAGAGAGCUGGUGGUCCUCAAGUUCCAAAACAACCAAGACCUGGUAACUGGGAUCAAGCUGAUUAA